UUCCACCACUAAUAACAUAAAAGUUGUUUGCUUACAUUUAAACAAAUGGGCGGCACUAAGUGUUGUUUUCGUGAUUGUCCGGUGGGUUCUAGCCGCAACCCCAGUAUGCACUUCUUCAAGUUCCCCGUUAAGGAUCCGAAAAGGUUGAAAGAUUGGGUGAGGAAUUGUUCAAACCCUGACGUUUCAAAUGCACCGCCGUCCAAACUGGCAGCCAAAACAGUUUGUGCCCGGCACUUUCGUGCGGAAUGCUUCAUGAACUACAAAAUGGACAGACUCAUCCCCAUGCAGACGCCUACUUUGUUCAGGAUCAACAGGGAUCUGGCACUAGACUAUGCAGAUCUCGACCAGAACGGUGAAGCUCUUCUCGUGAAGUUGACGCCUCCAAAGCAGCAACACCUAAUACCACCUAAGGAUUUCGAGUGUCCUCUGGGAUUCGUGGAUGGUGAGACACAGAACGUGGAGGUUGUUAAGAAACGAAAUACAGUUGAGUUGACAGAAGAGGAGGAGCAGCGAAAAGGAAAAGACGAAGCCGACGAAGUUUCCGGAAAUCUCCAUGUGCUGGGUACGGAGCAGGAACAGGCUUUUGUACCGAAGGAGAAAGCAACGGCGGCGAACAAGAGUUCUACAUCAACAAGCGCUUCGGCUAUGCCUCAAAACAUUCUAGAUAUAAUAAGUCAACUACAGCCUUCAUUGGGCAUCAAAUUGAUUAAAAGACCAGUAAAGAGUCAACCAGGAAGCGAGAAUGAGUUGCCUCAGCUUGAAGAGCAGCUCCCAAAAGAACAAACUGAUGAACAAACAACCAAGGAAUCAGAAAAGCAUAAUAAAUCGACAAGUUGUAUUAUUGACGUGUACCGACCAAUUAAAGGGACUGUGGUUAGAAAACGUGGGAUGCAGGAGUCAGAUGCUGAUAGACUGAACGAAGAGCAAUCCACCAAGGAGCAGACUAAGAAAAGGAAGCUACCCCAAGAAGCACAAAAGACUGACUCCCAAGCUACACCUGACAACGGUACGAUAUUGAACCGAUGUAGACAAUUGCAAGAGAAAUUCUGGGAUGAGCAGAAUACUCCGAAAUUGGAGAAACCUACCCAAUCCAUCCAAAUUAAUCUUAGUUCUAGCAAUAAAAAUAGUCAAAGUGAUUCCAUUUCCGAAACCUUAUCUGAAUCUUUUCUAAACCUUGAAGAGAGCAUACCACUUAGUACUGACAGUGAGGACGAGUCUGAACCAGAUGAAAAACCAUCUUCCUCGGAAGAUGCCCAGCGCGAUAAGCUUCUUCAGCAGUACGACAAACUGCAGGCCGAGUUUGAAAAGCUGUCGGAGGAGAAUGCGAAACUAAAACGACUGCAAGCGGAGUCCCCGAAGACUUCAGAUCCAAUCAAACCCGCUGCUGUUUCCCUCAGCAAACCCCAUCUGUACAUGGCAAUAAAGAAAUACGUGGGGCCCACGAUGGCCGCCUUGCUGCGCAUGGAAAUGUUUGGCGGCUCUGAGGAUCGCACUUGGAAGGAUGACGAGCGAGAGUUUGCCACAGAACUACUCCAACUGGGCGACGAGGUGUACAAGUACUGUUGCGACGAGUGGCGCUUCCGCCUGCCAUCGAUGCGGAUUGCACGCUCCUGGCUGGAGAAAAAGAAUACGGAAAAUUCGGAAGAGUUUCUAGACUUAUAGAUUAUUUUGCCAUUAUUGACUUGGCAAUUUGAGGGGUAUUUUACUGAUAAAUUAUUUUAUAUAUUACUUUUAAUCAUAACAUCAGUUCCGGAUUCAUCUAAUAAAAUAGGUGUAUAUUAAAAACGCUUUAAAAUCCAUUUACGCAAA